UUGUAAUGAGAGUCUGGGUUGAAAGUACGUGUGCACCACGUGUGCUGUGAUUUCACCAUUAAUCUAACAGUACACAGAGUAACUGACUAAACCCCUUCCUAAACUGUGACAUGAUGUGGAGCAGCAAUGAAAUGAAGACAAGCAGUGUAUUUUUACACGUGGAAUAUACUAGAACUUCAACAUUUGAUACCCAAGAAGCUCCUCAGUAAUUCAAACUGUAAGAAGUAUUUGGCUUAUUACGUAUGAGUUUGUUUUUCACAUCAAGGAUGUCUUUUCAGUUCAAUUUUUCUAUAGAGGACACAGAAAGCAGUCCCUCGGAGUGCGGAUUAAGCACAGUGUUCUACAAUAGCUCUUCAGACCGUCUUGACAAAGAAGAAAAGUCAAAGGACAAUAAAGUGCUGUUAGGAGACUGUGAAGUACAGACAGAGAUAACAAAUGAAGUAAAGGAAACAAAGCCAGUGACCUCAAGUGGUAAAAACAAUCUAAUUAGCAGUGACAUAACCAGCUUUAAUUGUCAAUCUGAAGAAAAAACGGGAAGCUGCAGUACCUUUGCCACAGAGCACAAACUUCCAGAAGAUGUCAGCAGAGCGCUUGAAAAUAAAAUAGUCGAAAGUAUUUCAGGGCUGAAUUUUGUAAAUGUGUCCGUUGUUGAAAUGACAUUAUCAGAUAGAGAUUCUUAUUGUGAAAGCAUUGUAAGCAAAACAAUUACAUAUAACACUGAUCUAAUUUCUGGCGUUUACGAAGGUGGGAUGAAAAUUUGGGAAUGCACGUUUGAUCUUAUAAGAUACUUGGAAGACAAUAGCAUAGAAUUUGAUGGCAAGGAGGUUUUGGAUCUUGGGUGUGGAGCUGGUUUGCUGGGAAUUCUGGCCCUUAAGCAAAAAGCUAAAGAAGUGCAUUUCCAAGACUACAACAGUACUGUAAUAGGUGAAAUAACCAUCCCCAAUGUACUAGUGAACUGUGAAAAUAAAAAGUUAAAUGAAUGCAGUCCAAAAAGGCAAAAAAACACUGAAUCGAAGGCUGGGCUUCUGUCCAAGUGCCGUUUUUUUUCAGGGGACUGGUCACGGUUUGUGCAGUUAAUGAAAAAUGAAAUUCCUCCUAAGAAAUAUGAUGUUAUUUUAACAUCAGAGACCAUCUAUAAUCCGUCUUACUAUAGUGUGCUGCAUGAUGUACUUCAGCAUCUAUUAGGAAAAAAUGGUAUUGUGUAUUUGGCUUCCAAGUCACAUUAUUUUGGUGUCGGAGGGGGUGUUCACUUGUUUAAGGAAUUCAUUAGAGAGAAGAAUAUUUUUUGUACCAAAACACUUCAGGUAUAUGAUGAUGGCCUGCUAAGGCAAAUUCUUCAAUUGUCUUUUGAAAAUAAAAUAUAACAUUUUAAAACUCAA